UUUCCUCCCCCAGAGCUGUCAGCAGGAUGAACUCUCUCCUUGGCCUUGCUGUGCUGUUUGCUUGGGGCUUGUCCCCAGUCCACGGGGGCCUCUUGGAACUGCACAACAUAAUCUCAGAGGUGACAGGGAAAAAUGCUCUUCUGCAUUACGGCUUCUACGGCUGCUACUGCGGCCUGGGGGGCAAGGGGCAGCCCAAGGAUGCCACAGACAGGUGCUGCCAGCUGCACGACAUCUGCUACAAAAACCUCCUGAGCUACCACUGCGAUGCCAAGAAACAGCCCUACCGCUACAGCUGGCGCCAGGGCCGGCCCUCCUGCAGGAAGGGCYCCCGCUGCUCCUUCUUGUCCUGUGAGUGCGACCGCAGCCUGGCGCUGUGCCUGAGGAGAAACGCYGGCAGCUACAGCAAACGCUACCGCUACUAUCCCAACUUCUUGUGCUGAUGGUGGGAGCUGGGAUGCGGGGCCGGGACAUGCGCGGGUCAUCGCCGGGAUCGCCCUUCAUCCCUGCCUGCGCUGA